AUGGCAGACAAUAAGAAGUCCGAGAAGCCAGAAAGCGGCAGCGAGACCACCACACACAGGAUCGGAGAGACUCCGCAACGACCGUCCCUCGAAGACAGGGCAUCAUCCGACUUUCUCGGCGAAGAAAGAUCUCGGAUCUCAAUUUUCAACUCCGACUCGGACGAGAGGACGGCCGCUUCGCCAGAUCCUGACGACAAAAACCACUCCUCGUCCUAUUCUGAGGAAGACGACGAUGAUGGGGACGGCAUUCUCCCGGCAUCGCUGACCGAAGCCUGGGAAGAAAAGGCCCAACUCUCAAGACAGUAUGCCGCGGAAGAUGCAGCUGCCGAGUGCAAAGAAUUACAGUGUAAGGAGCUAGUGACAGAUGGAACCCCCCAGCAGAGGAGCAGGGCCUCUUCUGCAACCUCCCGCUGCUCUCACUGCGGCCACCACCGCCGCGGAUCCAUCAGGUCCUCAGUCACACCAGGCCACGGUCCACAAUCGCCUACAGAAUCUCAGCGCAACUUCUAUCAACAACGCCCAGCCUCUCUGUCCCUGUUCCCGCGCACGAGUCCAGUCUCGCCUUCGGGCACCCAGCGCGCCUUCCCCCUAUCUGUUAAAAAAGUUCCCUCUCGAACCGUGUCAGAUGUGCAAACGUUCCACAGCGCAGUGGAAAAAGGCGCAUUCUCGGAGCCACAUUCCGAGACCGCGUCCAUCAUAUCAUCCAUUUUCGCCACGCCAUUGCGGCAUCUCGCGAGCAACCCGUCGCUCAAAGGCUCUUUGUCCACAGGAGCACCGCCAAACACAGAACAGCGUAUCACUCCUGUCACGGAGCAGAGACACCCGGGGAAGGCCGGCGUGCGAAUCAGCCGCUUUACGAGGCCGUUUGAACCAGACAUUGAUGAGGAGGAUGACGGCUCGGAUUACCGGCGGCAGGUACUGCACCUAGAGAAGCAAAGGACAGAGAAACGAGAUUCCGAGUUGGCUCAAACGGCAGAUGAGAAAGUAGAAUGGAUAGAGGGUUGGCCGCUCGCGUUCCUCCUGCUAGGCAUCUGUCUUGUGGUCUUCUUGAUAUCAGUUGACCGGACUAUUCUUACGACUGCCAUUCCCUAUAUCACAUCCGAAUUCCAGUCAACGGCGGAUAUUGGCUGGUAUGGCUCAGCUUAUCUGCUCACAGCCUGCGCUUUCCAACCCGUCUUUGGCAGAGUCUUUAUGCUCUUCUCUGUCAAGUGGUCGUACAUGUUGGCCAUGUUCAUGUUCCUCGUUGGAUCGCUCAUCUGCGGCAUUGCCCCAAAUUCAGUCACACUCAUUGUAGGCCGCGCCGUAGCUGGAUUUGGAAGCGCUGGCAUUCUGACUGGCAGCUUCGUCGUUGUGGCGACAGCGGUACCCUUGCGGCUGCGUCCAAUCUAUACCGCUAUCGUCGGUCUAAUGUUUGGCUUCGGAGCCACGGUCGGUCCUCUACUUGGAGGUGUCUUUACAGAUUUAGUCACAUGGCGAUGGUGUUUUUACAUGAAUCUUCCAAUUGGAGCUGUCACCAUCGCAGUUUUUCUGUUGUUCUUCCACCCUAAGCGGCAAUCGCGCCACGAGCAGAGCUUCUUCGACAGGUUCCUAGAUCUCGACCUUGUUGGCAAUAUAUUUCUGCUAGGCGCCUGCGUCAUGCUAUUCCUGGCGCUCGAGUUCACCACGCAGGGCGAGGCUUGGUCGAGCGCCAGGGUCAUCGGGCUCCUUUCCGGUGCCGGCGCGACGGCAGCGGUUUUCGCAGCGUGGCAGUGGUGGAAGCAGGAUGGUGCCUUGAUACCGCCGGCCAUCAUAAAGCAGAGAACAGUAGCCGCAUCAUGCGUCGCCGCGUUCACCACGUACGGGGCGUUGCUGAUACACUCCUACUUCCUGCCAAUUUGGUUUCAGGCCAUCAAAGGUGAGACCGCCAUCUCGUCGGGUAUAGACAUGAUCCCGUACGUUGCCACGAACGCGUUCUUCUCCCUUCUCUCGGGCAUCUUCGUCUCCGUUGUCGGCUACUUUGUGCCGCCGGCUGUGGUUGGAGGCAUGAUUGCAACAGCUGGGUGUGGUGUCUUCCGGCUACUGUCACAGGAUACCUCGACGGCGCAGUGGAUUGGAUUCGAGAUUCUCGUAUCGGCGGGUUUUGGCAUGUCGAUUCAGCAAGGCUUCACUGCCGUCCAAGCCAUCCUCCCCCCUGACGAGAUCUCCAUCGGAACCGCGGCCGUUGUGGCAUCGCAGUCUUUGGGAGGUGCCAUCUUCAUCUCCGUCGGAAACACUCUGUUCCAGAAUCAUCUCUUGCAGGCUUCGGCGCAAAACAUGGUUCCGGGCGUCGACAUUCGUGCGGUUCUCGAGGUUGGAGCGACAACUUUCCGUACUACGGUCCCAGCCAGCGCGCUUCCAACGCUGCUUACCGUGUAUGACGAGGCUCUCCGGGUAGCGUUCACGGCAGCGGUUCCCCUGGCUGGCAUAUCGGCUAUUGCGGCUUGCUUCAUGGAAUGGAAGUCAGUUAAGGGAAAGAAAGCUGUGUAA